UUGCAUUGUGGGACGAAAAUAAAGUGCGAAAAUACCCGCAGAAGGGACAAAGACGCAAGCCGAAACAGAAAGGCUUUUGUAAAAGUUUGUAACAAUUAGUGACGCUGUCUGUUUUUUUGCACGAAAUCCGUGGAAACGAAACGGAACGUACUGCCAGGACCUUGAACGAUGCGAUAAAUCACGAAAUUCGAGCUGCGAAAUGGAAGUUUAAUCGGCGGAAGGAAAGCCGACCGAAGCCUGCGCGCUCACGUUACACGCCCGCGCCCGCGCCUGCGACCGCGCCGUGCCCGCCGUGACCACACUCGAGUCCGCUAGCCUGCACGCUUACGGUCCGCACGCAGGCCGCAUCUUUCUCGCUUUUGUACUUUUUUUUCAGAUAAUACACAUCAACUACAGCAACAGACUGCAAGAUGGGCAUGAAGACUUUCACCCACAGUUCGCCUACUCACAGCCAAGAAAUGCUGGAAAAGUUGAAUGCUCUGCGCAACGAGGGGCAUUUCUGUGAUGUGACCAUCCGAGUCCAGGACAAGCUGUUCUUUGCUCACAAGGUGGUGCUCGCUUGCUGCAGCGAGUUCCUGCGCAGUAAACUGGUAGGUCAGCCCGAUGAGGAGGACAAGGUGGUGCUGGAUUUGCACCAUGUGACAGUAAGUGGUUUCACCCCUCUUCUGGAGUAUGCCUACACCUCCACGCUUUCCAUCAACACAGAGAACAUUAUUGAUGUGCUGGCUGCCGCCAGCUACAUGCAGAUGUUUGCUGUGGCCAGCACCUGCUCGGAGUUCAUGAAGUCAAGCAUCCUGUGGAACCCGGGUGGUGCAACGCAGGAGAAGGCACCAGACACCACCCCUGAGGGUGCUGCUGGCUGCACCCCCACACCACAAGAUGGAAGCCUCUCGCCAGUCUCUUCUGAGUGCAGUGUGAUGGAGAGGGCAAUCCCUGUGUGCCGUGAGUCUCGCCGUAAGCGCAAGGGCUUUGUGGUAAUGUCACCCGAGAGUCCUCUGAAGUGCGGCGCUCCACGAGUUGCCUCACCACCUGUCACGCAUCCAUCCUCCUCUUUCCCGGAGGCCACCGUGCAGCCAGUGGACUCCUCCCUGGCCUUCCCUUGGACCUUCCCCUUCGGUGUGGACCGCAGGUUCCAGUCAGAGAAACCCAAGCUGCCUGGGAGCCCUCAUGGACUGGAGCAGGCUGGCCCCGCAGACACAGCCCGCGGCCUGCCUGAAUACCUGGCCUGCGAGAGGCCUAAAGCGGCAACAGAGGAGGAUGUGCGUGUGAAGGUGGAACGGCUGAGUGAUGAGGAGGCUCACGAGGAAGCCUCACAGCCCGUUAGUGCCUCCCACAGUUCACUUAGCGACCAGCAGACGGUCCCUGGUAGCGAGCAGGUCCAAGAGGACCUCCUGAUCAGCCCGCAGUCAUCCUCCAUAGGUUCCAUAGAUGAGGGAGUCACAGAGGGGCUGCCCUCAAUGCAAGGUACAUCUAAUGCUGGCAGCCAUGCUGAAGAUGACGAAAGGUUGGAAAAUGUUCAGUAUCCAUACCACCUGUACAUAAGCCCCUCAACCAGGCCUGGCACUAAUGGCCCAGACAGGCCGUUUCAGUGCCCCACUUGUGGAGUCAGGUUCACACGCAUCCAGAACCUGAAGCAGCACAUGCUCAUCCACUCAGGCAUUAAGCCCUUCCAGUGUGAUCGGUGUGGGAAAAAAUUCACAAGGGCCUACUCCCUUAAGAUGCACCGGCUGAAGCACGAAGGUAAACGCUGUUUCCAGUGCCAGAUCUGUAGCGCCACUUUCACUUCCUUCGGUGAAUAUAAGCACCACAUGAGGGUGUCCCGCCACAUGAUCCGCAAGCCGCGGAUUUACGAGUGCAAAACGUGCGGCGCCAUGUUUACCAACUCCGGCAAUUUAAUCGUACACCUGAGGAGUCUGAACCAUGAGGCAUCAGAGCUAGCAAACUACUUCCAGAGCAGUGAUUUCCUCGUGCCCGACUACCUGAACCAGGUGCAGGAGGAGGCCCUGGGGCAGUACGAGUUGGCAGAGCAGAGCUUCGAGGGCAACACCUCUGUUCAGAUGCCAGUCAUCUCCCAGGUCUCCUCCUCCCAAAACUGCGAGAGCGCCUUCCCUCUUGCCCCCCCUGGCUCCCUGGCCGACAAAGAGGUGGAGGAGGAAGAGGCAGAGGCCCUGUCGGAGGAGCCCAAGACCAACGGUGGCAGCUCCCCAGACAUCCCCCAAGAGGAUGGCUCUCGGAAGGAGGCAUUGUCCUCCAUCACAAUCGAGUAACCGUGCCUCGCCUCGCCUCUCCUCUCCUCUCCUCUCCUCUGGUGCCCAUACCCCCGGCCCCUGCCGUUGGAAAGUGCCUGAAUUCAUUUCUCUGUGAUCUUCGUAAACACCAAGAUGAGGUCCAGACCUGACAAAGAGCAACAAGAGUUUGUAUUUCUUUCAAACUGGAUCUUAUGUUUGUUAGUUUUUCUAUUUUGUAUGUCAGUAGUGUUGCUAACAACUGCUUGUAGUUUUGAAUAGAUUGAACACUGUUUGAUAUUAUUGAUGGUUGAUAGUUGAUGUGAAUUUUAUGUAUGUAUGUGUAUAUUAUGUCCCUAAGAAUAUGAACCACAUAUGUAUACUGUAAGUAUUUAAAAACAUUUUUGCUGCAUAUAACUUGAAGUGCCCAUCAGUUUUAGGUGGCAGGUGAUCAAGUGUACCAUGGAUUUUUUGCCUCUGUACUUUUGUAGCAGAGAAUAGGAGUGGUAUUUGACAUGAGCACUUACAGUGAGACUCUGUGGGUCUCGGUAGCCAUCACUCCGGUGACGGGGCGUUCUUGUCAUGUUCUGCCUGCCCUCUGAUGUAAACAUGCUGCACAGCACUUCGAAAAAAAGUUCCCGUAGCAUUUCAAAACACGGUUAUUUUGCAAGAUGUUGUGAAUAGCCAGUGGUAAAGACAGCUCUGCACGUGUUUUCUAGGGUCGGCACCAUGUUCUCCACUCACCAACUGCUAAAUUGUAUUUUCAAAUUCCUUAAUUGUAAUUUUUUUUUUUUUUUUUUUUUAAGUUGAACAGUAUUCAGUGUGUAAAAGUAGUAGAUCUCAAGGUGAAAAAGACUGAAAAUGCUUUUCUAAUCUGUCAUGAAAGCUGAGUAGUACAUAUACUUAAAGAGACCUUCAAAAACUGGCCAUUUCUAAGAUGUUUUUAAUGUUUAAUAAUUUUUUUAUUUUUCUUAUUUAUUUUUUUAUAUGAUUUAUAUUUUUAUUAUUCACAGAAAGGGGGUCAAGUAAAGUAAGUUGGGAGUUCUGUUGUUUUCCCUGUAAUGGAAUCCGUUUUUCUUCUUUAAGUAUUUUAAAUUUUAAUGUUGCAGAUUUUAUAUUUUAUCAGCUAAAAAGGUGGCAGGACUUGAAAUGUUGCCGACCCAUUUAUUAGGUGGACGGGGCAAGUCCCUGUUGCAGGGCACGCUUUGACGCCUAUAAAUAAGGGUGAGAGUGCCCGUGAUGCCAAGGGGAGCAUUAAGAUGUCUGUGGAUGAUGCAGCCUGUACCCCCUGGGCAGAGCAGCUGGCUGCUGAAAUGCAGAACAUUAAGGACUAAGCAGCUGGCACCCUAAAGUGUUGAUACAUGUGUUUUUAAUUUUAACUUGUUUGGUAAAUUCUGUUUAGUGCUCUUGUCAGUUGAACUCAACUUUAAUUUUUCACUUUGAUGGGAAUUUACCUGUUAUGGAGAAGAAAAAUGAGAGGAAAUAGACCAAAAAUACAUGUGUAUACUUAUAUAUACACAUAUACACGCACACACAGUACGCUAUGUUUUUAUUACAUGUUCUGUUACAGACAGUAUGUAGGUCAUGCUUCUAAAUGGACUGUAAACACUAAAAUGGUCUGAUACUAAUUACAUGGUUUUAUAAUAUUCCAAACUAUUUGAACUCAGAACUCAGUAUAAUUUAGCCAAUUUAUAACGAAUGGUAGUAAUUACACAAUUGCACUUCUGAGAAAGUGGGUGUGGGUUCAAAUCCCUUGGGGUAAAAUGCUGUACUCUGAAGUAAGGUACUUUGAUUUGGAAGCCCAUAUCAGAAUAAAUGGAAAAUAUGCAAGCUGUCUAGAGUCCUGUAAAGCUGGUCAUGUAAUGAUUACGUUUCCAGAUUUGUCCUUUUAGUGGAAAUUUACAGCCUGUAACAUUGUACUCACAAUGUCAGAUAGAUUGUGUGAUAGGUGUGUUGUUUCCAAUCUUCAGUGUACAAAUAAGAGAUAAUGCCAUCAUUUCUUUGUUGCUACUGAAAAAAAUACUAGCACAUGACAUCCUUAUGACUCCAAGGCUUGUUGAUAAAUCAGAGGUUUCAUUCCUUAUUUUUGUCAGGUUAUGAGUGUGUAUGCAUAUAUACACACAUAUAUAUAC